AUGUCUUCAACGCAACAACAACAACAAACAAUAAAUUAUGAAAAGCUUCCUCUGGCCUUUGGCAUUUUCACUGGGUUGUGGUUAGUUGCAGGAUUAGCCUGGAUUGCGCAUGUUGCGUACUAUUAUUAUUUUAAAAAGAUCAGUCUUUCUCUUCAUCGGAUCAUCAUAUUGAUUCCUCUCGCUAAACUUGUUCAUACAUCAACAUCAAUUUAUUUAUUUAAUGAUUGCGCAAGUAAUGGAAAUCGUUGCGGUGUUACUCCUACGAUAAUAGCCAACAUUGCAAAUGUUAUUUUCAAUAUUUGCUUAUUCGGUGGUUUAUUGUAUUUAGGAAAGGGUGUUUCAAUAACGCGGACAGCUAUUGAAGCAUCGGAAAAACGUUCAAUGAUAUGGAAUUUAGUUUGUUUAGCGUUAUGUGAGAUUGCCAAAGUUUUUAAUGUGUUCUUCAUUUUCCCUCUAUUUGUAAUAUAUGUGAUAAUAUUUGGACAUGCACUGUCAUCAAUUGGAAUGAAUAUUAAGUUAUUGGAUCACCGAUAUAUGGAAGUAGAAGCUCCUUUGAUUUUAGAAGUCAACAUUAUGAAAUCUCCAACAUUCAUGAAAAUGAACUUAUUCAAAAAGCUCCGAUUCCUACUGUUUCUUUUCUUAGGAUCUUAUAUUGCAAUCUUUGCAUUGAUGGUAGUAUUUAUGUUUGCUGGAGAAACGCAAAAUGAUUUUUGGAUUCAACUCGUUGCCGCAGAGGCAUUACAAUUUACUGUGUGUGGCUUGGUUGCUAUGCUCAUUCGUAUAAGGGAUUUUUCUGAAUAUCAACAAGUUGAUGAAAGAGUGGAACAAUUGAGACGAGAUCGUCAGCAGAGAGCAAGGAAUGAUAUUAGAGAUUUGCUGAGAACCAUAACAACAGCUCCAAGCAGCGAUGAAACAGAACGUCAAACGGUGAAGUUUGCAACAAAAACAAACCCAAUCACUAACUCGUUAUGUUUGUGUGUGAUUGAGAACCCAGUAUCAAAAGAAAAUGUUCAAGGAAAAUACGCACUUGCUGUAGAAGCUAGUCAAUAA